AUGGAUAGGAUCAGUCUGUUGUCAGAUGAAGUAAUAUUGAAGAUAUUGUCAUUCGUUCCAACAAAGGUUGCUGUGACCACUAGUCUUUUGUCCAAGCGAUGGCGUUAUCUUUGGAAUCAUGUGCCUAAGCUUGAGUAUUGUGAUCCAUCUAAUGACAGUGAGCAUUGGAGAGCUUCGCGUUUUGUUGACAAGUUUUUGCUAUUCCACGAAGCUCCAGUUUUGGAAACUCUGCAUCUCACACUUAGUCGGAAUUGUCCUCCUAUAGAUAUUGAAACAUGGAUUCGUAUUGCAAUUUCUCGUGGCGUGCGUGAUCUUAAAAUAACUCGAUAUUUUCAUGGUUCGGGUUCGGGGACCAUAUAUCCCGUUUUAAAUCCCGUACCGUUUCCUAGGAGUCUGUAUACUUGUGAAACUCUUGUGACUUUAAACCUAGAAGCAGAUUUCACUGUGAAUGAUGUUCCUUUGACAAUUUGUUUCCGGUCACUCAAGAAAUUGAUCCUUCUCCUUGUGAAAUUAUCAAGCGAUGAUCCCGUUCAUAGAAUUUUAUCUGGUUGCCCUGUCCUUGAAGAUUUGAGAUUGGUUCGAGGCAACAAUGACUACGUGAAAAGUUUCACAAUCGCGGUUCCUUCAUUGCAGAGAUUAAUAGUCGUAGACGGUGGCGUUCAAGUUCCCGGAGAUGAUGAUGUUGGUUUUGUGAUCAAAGUUCCUUCGUUGAAGUCUUUGUUUGUUUUGUCUCGCUGUAGAGGGUUCGGUUCACUAGUGAAAAUGCCAGACCUCGUGAAGGCUGAAAUAAUGCUUAAUCAUGGUGAUUCUAACAAGUUUAUGGGAUGUCUUACCUCAACCAAACAGCUUUUCUUAUGUCUACGGCCACCAAUGGAUUCAUGUCCGUUAGGCGUUUUCAAUCAGCUAGUGUCUCUAAAUCUUUGUGCAUGCUCUUUAGUUUGGUGUCGUCUUAUACUCAACCAUACACCUAAACUCCGAGUUCUCGGAUUCGGAAUAAAACAAGCAAAAUUGUUUUCUUCAAAGAAUUUCCAGGGAUGUUGCAUCAGUUCUGUAGAUGUACCAACGCAAUGGGAGCAGCCGAGUUCUGUUCCUCAAUGUUUGAUUUCGAGUCUUGAAACUGUUUCCUGGAUUGAUUACAAAGGAACACAAGCAGAGAAAAAAGUGGUGAUGUAUUUGCUAGAGAACUCUGGACAGCUAAAGAAAAUGGCUAUUAGUUCCUUAAAAUCACUCAAUUCAGAAGAAAAACUCAAGAUGCUGCAAGAGCUGUCUUCUACACAGAGGAGUUCAACCAAAUGUCGGCUUUCGUUCACCUGA